AUGGCCUCGGGCUUUGGAUUCAAAGGACGUGAGGGCAGAUGCUACCAACUUUGGAAAGAUGUAGAGCAGUGCAGUAAAGACACAGAGUACUCUGGUCAGUGCGGCAAGCAGGUCGAAGAUUACAUGGAAUGCCUCCACCACAGGAAGGAGUUGACGCGCAUGAACGUGGUAAUUACUCAGAAGGAAAAAGAAGAAGCUGCAGCUCGUUCUGGUGGGAUUCAUGGACAUGGUGAUGUCGUUAACAUGCAUCGUUUUGAAGAGAUCAAGUGUAUUGGUCGCGGCAGCUACGGAUCGGCGCAUCUGGUACGGGUGCGGCAACAGAAUGGUAUACCAGACCGUUUUGUAGUUAAGAAAAUACCAAUGGAGCUUCUUUCGAUCAAAGAGAAGAAUCAAUCUUUUCGUGAGGUGGAGCUACUGGCUAAACUUAAGCACCCAAAUGUGGUCGAGUACAGUGAGAGCUUCGAAGUAGAUAAUGUACUGCAUAUUGUUAUGGCCUAUUGCGAUGGUGGCGACUUAGCUGACAAGAUUAAGAGACAGCAAAUGCUUCGCGAGCAGAUCAUUGGGCCAGACAGCAAUUUUGCGGAUCCAAGAGGGUAUUUCCCUAUCAGUCAGGUGCUGGACUGGUUUGUGCAAAUGGCGAUGGCUAUUAAGUAUCUUCACGGACAGCGUGUGCUGCACCGAGAUUUGAAAACCAGCAACGUGUUUCUAACAACCGAUAACGUGGUGAAACUCGGGGAUUUUGGCAUCGCCAAGACGCUUGACUCAACGCUGGAUCAGGCCCAAACUGUAGUGGGAACACCAUAUUAUAUGAGCCCAGAAGUAUGCGAGAGCAAGCCGUACUCGUAUGCGAGUGAUGUAUGGUCAUUAGGCUGCGUUCUGUACGAAAUGCUUACCCUGCGUCACGCCUUUGACGCCCCAAAUAUUCUUACACUUAUUCUUAAAAUCGUGCAGCAGGAUUUCACUCCCAUCCCUCCUCAUUAUGAUUCGGAAGUGUCCAGUCUGCUGCACAAGUUGCUCGAUAAAAACCCUGAACGUAGGCCUAGUAUGGAAGAUAUCUUUGCAAUGCCGUACAUCCGUCACCAUAUGCAAGGACUUGUGGCUUCGGGAGGGUCACUGAAGGUUAAAGUGGUGAACCCUAUGGCACGGAGACCACAGCACGACUGCGCUGCAGGGGUGUGUCGACGUAGGCUGCACCCCAAAAACUUCUCAGCCCGCCGUUUGUCUGGGGAACAGAGGAAAUUGCGAUCGCUAGCAUCCUUCCCACCUUCUCAAGCAGCGCCCAUUGUUCCUCUGCAAUGGAUGCCAAUUACAACCUUUGAUGACAACAUUGAGGAUUCGGACAGUGACAAACUUAAAGUUCUGGAUAUGAGUAUUACAGAAGAUUCUCAAAUUGGCUUUCGGCCACCAGAACGGAGCAGUACGCCCGACCCGCUGGUCUUUGCAACAGAGGAGAAGUCAAUUUUAGAUGAAAUUCAUGAAGAAAUCGAUGAGCAAUGUCCUUUUUCAUCAGCGGCUCUGCCAAAACGAAAGCGAAUUGCAAAUGAUCAACAUUUUGUCGCGUGGAAAGGAGAGGAAAACCAUGAGAACGCAAAGAGAAAUGAUUGUGUAUUCUCUGAUUUGAAUAACGCCACCGAGUGUGCAGAAGACAUUCGCUUUCAUGCAGACGCCGAGGAGCUUAUGAAUCCCAACUACGAGAAUGAGUAUAGUGAGGAGUGUCUAGACAGCUUGCGAAUCUACUACGGUUCCAAAGGAAGAAAAAAUAACAUACAAUCACCUAAUAAUUUGCGAAGGAGAGGAGCCAAUGGGCGUGGCAACGCUAUCGAUGGUAACUGGUCGGAUCCGACUGUUAUACAAGUAGCCGACUUGCGAAACAGCGAAGAGGUUCUUGAAUUAUCGAAUUUAUCAAUCGAGGACGCUGAAUUAGAAGACAAUGGAACACCAUCACUUAGUGAAAGUUUAAUGAUGCGUGAGCUAGAACUAGACGCUGAUAGCAAUGACGAAGAUGCUUCAUCCAAUUCAUCAUUGACUGAAUAUGAAGCUGAAGAGAACUAUUACAGCGAUGACUCGUCCGACUUUUUCGAUCAAAGUGGUACUCAGUACAGCGACGACUUCGAAGAUCCCGAUGCUGAAGUAAUUGAGUAUGCAGACGAUGAGUUUUUGAGUGAAGAGGAUAAUGAGCAUAAUCAGUUCAAAACUAUCGAUUUUCAAAACACAUUGGCACCAUACAGGCGAGUAGGAGAUAACGACAGUCGUGUGACGCGUAUGCCGAAGCUUGAGAUUCCCCGUGAGGUACAAUGGGUGAUGCGAAACGUUGCACAGAGCCUUAUGUCGACAACAGAUGAAAUGCACUCUGGCCGAGCGUCAAGUGCUUAA